AUGAGCUCCCCUCUGCGCCAACGCACCGGUAGCCGCCGUCUGGCUCAGGAAACCAAGCCGCAAGAUGACCCACAAGCAGAACCCGCGAAACCCCUCCAUCACGGCGGAGGGCCACCAGAUGCCCAACUGUUGGAGCUGCCUGGUCCCCGGCGAUCCGCGAGGAACCGCAGCGAACCGGGGGAUGAGGAACCGCCGCCGCAGCCACCGCCGGGGGAGAAGAACCAGCAGCAGAAGCAGAACCGGCGGCGGCAGGCCGGGACAGUGAAGAAGGACCAAGAGCACAAGCAGCAGCAAAAGAAGCAGAAAAAGGAAGCGGCAGCGGAAUCAAACAUGCAGGUGGAAGCGGAGUCGGAGCAGGCAAAAGAGAACGUUAAGCCGGAGGGGAACAUGGAGGUGGAUGAUGUUGAAAAAGGCGGUAACCAUGGCGGCGUGAACCUCGUCCAGGAGGGCAAGGAGGAGGACGAGGGCCAGGAGGAGGAGGAGGAGAGGAGCAAAAGGACGGAGGAGGGAAAGGAGUUACCCGCGAAGCGGCCCCGAGGCAACGCACCAGCCGCCGCUCCAGCCCCAGCCCCAGCAGCUGCAGCUGCAGCCACCAAGCGGCCCCGCAACGGCGCCGGUGGCUCCAAGUCCGCCGGUAAAGCCGCCAAUGGUAAGGCCGCCAACUCGCGGUCCGGUCCCACCCAAGACAUGGAGACCCAGUUGCGGGCUCAGGGCUACCUGGCAGUGGGCGGCGCAGAUGAGGCGGGUCGGGGCCCUCUGGCGGGUCCCGUGGUGGCGGCCGUGGUGGUGCUGCCGCCGCGCAGCGACCCCGGUCUGAUGGGGGUGGGGGCGGAGGGGGAUGCUCCCUGGCAGCCCCCUCCGGGACUCAAUGACAGCAAGGCCAUGAGCGAGGAGGAGCGGGAGGCGGUGUACGAGCAGCUUACAACCGACCCGCGGGUCAAGUGGGCCGUGUCGGUGGUGGAACACGAGGAGAUUGACCGCAUCAACAUCCUGCAGGCGGCCCUGGGAGCCAUGAGGGAGUCCGCCGUCAAACUGCUGCAACAAAAACAACAACAGGGGCAGCAGCAGCAGCAGCAGCAGGAUGCUGGCAGUGCUGCAGCCGACCCCCCCUCAGCACCACCGCCGUCUCCCGCGCUAGACUUCCUGUUGGUGGAUGGCAACCGGUUGCCAAAGGACCUGCCUGUCCCGGGUCGCGCAGUGGUCAAGGGAGAUGCCACCGUCAGCUGCAUCGCUGCCGCCAGCUGCAUCGCCAAAGUGACACGAGACCGGCUGAUGAUGAAACUGGACGAGCAGUACCCGCAGUACGGCUUCGCGCAGCACAAGGGCUACGGUGUGCCCGCGCACAUGGAGGCCAUCCGGAAAUACGGUCCCAGUGCUGUACACCGACGGAGCUUCGAGCCCGUCAAGAGUAUGACCGGCUGGACCCGGGAGGCUGCACUGGCGGCUACUGGCGCGGCGGCUGCGGCGACCACCGGGUUGGUCCAAGCGAACAAAAGGGGGAAGCGGCAGGGGAAGCAGUCGAAGAAGGCAAAGGAGGAGGAGGAGGAGGAGGACGACAGAGAGGUAACGAAGCCGGAGGAAGACCGGGGGGAGGAGGAGGAGGGGGAUCCGAAGCAGGAUAUUGCAACCGGAGCCGCCGGUGUUGGCCGGACAGGGGCCAUUCAGGGGGCAGCUGGCAAUCGCCGCGGCGUCCAGGGAAGGGCAGAGGGGCUUGGGAGGGGCAGUGGAGGGGGGAAGGCGGGCGAAGGGGCGGCCUCGGGCGGGGCUCCUCGGGGUCGCCGGGGCCGGGUAGCUGCGGACGAGGCUGAGAAGGGCGAUGAAAUGGAGCCGCAACCCGAGGAGUGGGAAGGGGAAGGGGAGGAGGGGGAGCAGCCACAACGGAGGAAGAGAGUCACGGCCGCUGCCGCCGCAAUGGGGGCCCAGAAGGCCCCUGCUGCGGGGCUGGGCGAUGAGGGAUCAAUUGCGGUGGACUUCCACCCCGCAACCGGGGGUGCUGUACGGCCGCAAGAGAAGUCCUUGAAUGGCUUCAGGGCUUAG